CCUAUCCUCAUUUCGCUCCGCCUCGCCUGACUUGGACCCUUCUCGGAUUCGACAGACCUCCCCAGCCUUCGCUUCUUUUCUCGACACUGGGAGCUGUCUCGGCUUGCACCGUUUGAAGCUUCAAUUCGUAACACCAGAACCCACCCACCCCCUCCUUACGAUACCCGACGACGCGCACACGACCCUGGUUUACGCAUACACACUUGGCCAUCUUCGACGUCCUAGAUGCAGCUGGCGGCAUUAUUUGCGCGCCACUGUCGGCUUCCAAGACGUCCAUCCUAAAACAACCUCGUCCUGGCCCCUCGACUUCGUCCUCAAAUUGUCCUGGAUCUUGCUCAAGCUCGCCCAUCGCGCCGGUCUUCGCUUCGGUCGGCCUUGACGUGCUAGUCAUCGCCUUGCGAAGGGAUGCAGGCGAACAGAGGGAAUGCCGAGGCCCUGGGUCGAAAGGCCAAGCUUGCUCGCUCGUACCAGGAGCUUCUUGAUGAAUUCUCCAACAAAGAUCUCAGCUCCGUCGGCAACUACACGCUCGGUCGCCUCAUCGGAAAAGGUUCAUUCGGGAAAGUCUACCUAGCCACUCACAAGCUCACCAAUGGCUCCAAAGUCGUACUCAAGUCCGCGAACAAGGGCGAUUCGAACCUCGCGCGAGAGAUCCACCACCACCGGCAGUUCGUCCAUCCCCAUAUCGCCCGGUUGUACGAGGUCAUAGUCACGGAAAAUCUGGUGUGGCUGGUAUUGGAAUACUGCUCUGGUGAUGAGCUCUACAAUUACCUCCUCGAACAUGGCCCCUUGCCCGUACACAAAGUCCAAAAGAUUUUUGCGCAGCUCGUUGGCGCCGUCGCAUACGUACACCAACAAUCUUGCGUUCACCGCGACUUGAAACUCGAAAACAUUCUCUUCGAUAAACAUGAAAACGUUAAAUUGGUGGACUUUGGCUUCACGAGGGAAUACGAGGGCAAGGCCAACUACUUGCAGACAUUUUGCGGCACCAUAUGCUACUCGGCGCCAGAGAUGCUCAAGGGCGAGAAAUACGCCGGGGAAAAAGUCGACGUUUGGAGCCUGGGUGUCAUUCUCUACGCUCUGCUAUGCGGAGAGUUGCCAUUCGACGACGAUGACGACAGCGUCACACGAACGAAGAUUCUCAGCGAAGAACCCAGAUUUCCCGAACAUCUGCCGCCUGCCGCCAUUCCCUUGCUCAAAUCGCUCCUCUCAAAGCGGCCUCUGCUUCGACCUUCGCUCCCCGACAUACUCACAAAUCCGUUUCUCGCCGAGCAUGCGCCGGCACAGCAGGCCAUCUUGAAAGUGCAGAGGCCCGCACCGUUCUCCACUCAUUUAGAAAAGGAGACUCUUCAGCGUAUGCGGAGCGCAGGCGUUGACAUCGACUCGGUCAUAGAAAGUGUUCUGGCCCAGCGAUGCGAUGCCUUAGCUGGCUGGUGGACCCUCCUCAUCGAAAAGGAGCAGCGCAAAGUUCGCAGGAGGGAGAGGAGACGUCGCGAACGAGAGGCUGAGAACAGAAGUCUGCGCCGUCUAUCUGCCGCGUCAAGCAGACUCGAGCGGAUAGCACCGGUGCUGCAGGAGGUCGACGAGGAUGGCGGACUGACAAACCGUUUCAUCAGGCUCGAAGACGCGCCGGUAACCCCGAGGACAAGGGGCCGGUCCGAGAGAAGAAGCGCUCACUACUCGGAUUUCGGGGAUUUGCCAGGGCUUCCGGAACAUAGCAAGGAGAACGGAAGCCCAAACACGGAGGAGCCACCGCCUCCCAUUGACAAGGACUCGAUCCGGUCUGCCAGUACGUCUAGAAACCGUCGUCCGGUUCCGCCUCCCAAGGAGGGCGUGAUCCGCAGCGCGAGAUCGCGGGGUUCGACCUUGCACCUAGUGACCACCUCGGAAGCUUUGGCGACUAACGGAACGCCAGAGCGACCCCCCGAACAGCAACAAAAAGUGCGGAAGAAGCCCUCCCAGGCUAUCAUUGCCCACUGGAAGAAUUGGACGCACUGGUUCCUCGAAAACACUCGUAGGGGGAGGCAUGCCAAUAAGAGAGGCAGCCACUCGACACCCAACCUGGUCGAUAAAAACGGCAGUGUCGCCGGCAACAGUAGCAAGCACUCGAAAGACACCAGUCCUCGGCCGCAAACGAGCAAGUAUCCAACGACGGACGAGGCCGUGUCGCAAGCCAAAGCUGGCCUGCCUCGCGGAGUCAUGGCUAAUGGCCACCUGAACAAGGCACUGCCAGGACAGAGAGGGUCUGGCGGGUUCAAUAGCCCGAUGACAGGAGCAGGUUCGACACCGUCGCAUAUGCCUUCUCGGAUAACGACGUCGUAUAAACGGCAGUCCUUGUCGCCAUCUCCCAUGACCCCUCGAACAACCAUGAGGCGCUCCUCGGCAGGACUGAGGGGCCGGAAAUCCACUUCUUCAUCAGUCUCGUCUAUUCGCUCAAUGCCCCAUCACCAUCACUCCCACUCCAAGGCUUCGUCAACAAGCUCCAACGGCUCCGUGUCGACAUCAAUGUCCAAAAACACUCUGCAGCGCGGACAGUCACCUCACCAUUCUGUCAAGGUUCUUCCCGCCACCCCGACCAACACAGCGUUCCCGUCCAACAUCCGCCUUGUCCGGGGACCGGGGCCUCCGGCUCCUCUUGCCCUGUUCAACGAGGGCAUGCCCCCACCACCAAUUUCGGGAAUGCAGGCUCCGGGCUCGCCGAAUCCUUUUUCGCAAGGAGGAGGGAUUCAGUUUGCGAAAAGGAAACGGAACAUCUUCAAGGGGCCGAUGCUGGCUUUCGGCGGUGGCGGGGGCGCCAGUGCAGGCGCAGGCGGAGGCAGCGCUACCCGAAGCACAGGGUCCAGCCACUCGCGGAGUGCAAGUGCUUCCGGCAUCGGGCGUCGGUCCGGCGAAGUGACGAUACAAGAAGAAGAGGAAGGCGAAGAGGCUGAAGAAGAGAUCGAGGAAGUCGAUGCCUUUAGUCCCGUUGUCGGAGGACCGGGUGAGCGCAUUGAAGAACAGAUCAUUGAAGAUGGCGAGACAGAGGCCGUGGGAGGCCAAGCCAAAGUAGACACGGAUGAUGUCCCGGUGACGCCAAAGGCCAAGGUCCCACCAGCUGACGCAUGAUCGAUAAUCGAGAAGGCGAACACAAUUCUGAUGGCUUCACAAAACACUGCCCCCCCCCCCCC